AUGACGAACCAAGAUAUGUCGCACUACACUACCACGUUUCGAGUGUCCCGUCCCCAUCGGAUUGCCCGCAACCGGCCAACCGUGUCUUGCUCCACCUGUCGAGCUCGGAAGUUGAAAUGCGAUAGACAACAGCCUUGCGGCGCAUGCCAGAAACGAGGCCACGAGGACUCAUGUCGCUUCGAGCCUGCCCCAAAGCAGCAGCUUGCCUCUUCUUCCAUCGGCGACAGUCAAAAUCGAAUCAGAAUCGGGCUGAGGCAGAUGCAACAUGUGCUUCAAGGUCUUCUCAGCCAAUCUGGUCAGACCCAAACCCAAAACCAACCAAUCAAAGCUGGUAGCGAGCUGGAAAUUCCUUGCCAUCAGUUGAUGGAGAGUAUCAACCGCAUUCAGAAUAUGUUGGAAGACGACAGCCGCCCUAGAGCCCCAACUACUGCCCUGGACGAACAAACUCUUCCGGACCUGGGGCUUGGAUUCAUCAGUAAAGCUACUCUGACAGAUAUCAUGGAGACUUUGCCGUCCCGCCAAGUUGCUGACAGAACAAUAUCUGCCUACUUCAACGCCAAGCAUGUGACGGUUCCUUUUAUCCACACGCAUCAAUUCAGAAGACAAUAUGAGGCCUUUUGGGGUGACCCCGCCGCUGCGAACCUCUUGUGGGUCAGCAUCCUCUUCUCAGUUCUGGCCACUGGGGCUGUCGUCCUGGGUGCAAAGGCAGCAUCUACCUCUGAUUCAAAUCACUAUUUGGCCUACGUCACCAUGUCAGCGCGGUGUCUCGUCGCAGGCCAGUACCAGAAAGCUACGGAGUUCUCGGUCGAAGCCUUGGUCAUGCAUGGUCACUCGCGUGCUCUCCAAAGGGGCAACAAAGACGUCGACAUGUCUCAACUGCAAGCAUUGACUCUUCGCAUGGCGCAACGGCGAUGCUAUCAUCAAGAAGCAGACAAGCUACUGCCGACUUUUACACCCUUCGAAGCAGAGAUGAGACGCCGGGUGUGGUAUUUGAUCCAAUACUAUGAUGUGAUGUUCUCCCUCGAGUACGGGCUACCACCACUUAUUCAUGACGAUACAUUUACUACCUUUCAUCCAACAAAUGUCACCGACGACGAGUUUGACGAAGAUGUCGUCUACUUGACGCCUCGACCGAUAGAAGAAGCUCAACCUAUGCUUCUCUGUGUGUGCAUCUCUCAUCUAUUACCAAUACUACGACGAAUCAUACGCCACGCUUUGGGUUUAAACACAUGCACCUACUCAGACGCCUUGUCUCUCGAAGCCAAACUGAAGACGUGGUACGCAUCGAUCCCGCCUAGCCUACGCAUACGCGCCAUUAAAGAUACCUCGUUCACGGACCCGAAUCACAUUGUCAUGCAACGUAUCAUGCUUGAGCUCAUGUAUACUAUGGGAACCGUCCUCCUGUACCGCCCGUUUCUCGAUCUGAUGAAUCUCAAUAAUCCUGAGUGUCAAGUGGCGCUCAACGUCUGUCGGAGGCUGGCUGUGAAAUCUGUCGGCGUCCAUGUAGAAUUCGAUCAUGAAAUGCAGGAAGGCGGAAGACUAUACCAGGAUCAGCCCAUCCCCUCGGGCUUGUCGGUGAAUGACUUCUUUAUAGCGACGAUAGUGGCACCCCUCGAGUUUUUCGACUGUCCGAACCUACCGCCAGGUGAAGAGGACCAUAUCAUCAACCUGCUUCAAACAGCAACGCAGCUGUGGUCCAAGAGAUCAGUUGCCUCCACUCAUGUGCGUGAAAGCACGAGACUCCUCCGGCUGAUUGCAGCAAAGGCUCAAACGGCCAGCCAAGGACGAUACCACGUCCCAUACCCGGUUCCAAGGUCAUCCACCGCUGCCGAAGCAGAAAUAGAGGAACAUGGGUAUUUGGCGCCGCAGCAAUAUCCCAGCGGGGAAGGAGGUUCUGCAGAAUCAGACAUUGCUUUUGAAGUCGGGCUUAUUGACUGGAGCAACGCUGUGGGAAUUGACUGGGACCCAGCCAAUUUUUGUCCCGACUUUGAGACGGUCAAUCAAGCAAUAUCAAGGAAACCGUUCCUCGACACUCAGUGA